AUGCUAACCCUGCCUGUACCUCUGCCCCCAGCCUGCCUCUUCCGCUUCAACGUCCUCUCCCUGGUGUACCUGCUCUUCCUGCUGCUCCUGCCCUGGUUCCCGGGGCCCACCCAGCGCUCCGCCGGAGGUCACACCAGCCGCCUCCUCAAAGCUCUGCUGGGGACCAGCAUCCUCUUUCUCCUCGCCCACUUUGUUUUCCAAAUAUGCCUGUACACGCUGCCCAUCCUGGACCAGCUGCUGGGGCCCAGCUGCAGCACCUGGGAGGUCCUUGCCCGGCACAUCGGGGUCACCAGGCUGGACUUGAGAGACAUCCCCAACUCGGUGCGUCUUGUGGCGCCCGACGUCGGCAUCCUGCUGGUCUCGUCCCUCUGCCUGUGCCUGUGCCGCCGCCUUGUCCCCAAGACCGGCACUGCCGCCCGCGGCCGGAGACCGGAGUCCCUGGAGCCCCUUGAGCAGGGGGAAGAGGAGGACGUGGAGCGGCACGGGGGAUGCUCGGCCGGGGGCUGCAUGGCCAGAGGCUGCUCGGCCGCGCACUGACCGCCCGCGGGGCGCUACUCCCCAGGGAUCACCCUGCCCUCCGCCUCCUCCAGCGUCUACUACCUGCUCUUCGUGGGGCUGUGCACGUGGUGGGCCUGCCACCUCCCCGCCAGCCGCCUGGCCUUCGACACCCUCUGCGUCCUCGUCGGCGUCUACGCCGGUGGCCACCUCCUCUGCCUCUAUGCCUACCAAGCGCCCUUCGUCCAGGGGGUCUUCCCGCCCCCCACCAUCUGGGCACGGUGAGUCCCCGGGGAGGGAGCCGUGCUGUGGGUCCCCAUGCCACCCCGGUUGAGUGGCCAGCCCGGCACCCCGCAUGGCCCCCAUUCCACUGCCAGCUGCCGGAGAACCGUGGCGCUGGCACAGUCGCCGGUGCGGUGCCCGAAGAGGGAGCUGGUGGAGCUGGAGAGCUGGCCCAAGGACACUGAUGGUGUGGCUGAGGACACCAAGCCCAUGCUGUCCCCCAGCACCGGGAAGCCAGGCAGCGGCACCGAGAACUGCACCGUCCACGUCAUGGGCAACUUGCCGCAGCCAGGCAGGAGGCGUCCGGUGGAGCGACUGCCCCUGCACGCCCUGGGCCACGUUGUCAUGAAACAGAGCUACGUCUGCGCCCUCAUCGCCAUGAUGGUGUGGAGCAUCACCUACCACAGCUGGCUGACCUUCGUGCUGCUGCUCUGGGCAUGCCUCAUCUGGACGGUGCGGAGCCGGCAUCACUUCGCCAUGCUCUGCUCGCCCUUCCUCCUCCUCUACGGCAUCGCUCUCUGCAGCCUGCAGUACGUCUGGGGCAUGGAUCUGGCCCCCGAGCUGCCCACCCGCGUCGGCUUCAUGAGCCUCGAGCAGCUGGGGCUGGUGCACCCCAAAUAUCCCUGUUUGGACCUGGGGGCCAAGCUCCUGCUCACCCUCACCUUCUGGCUGCUGCUGCGGCAGUUCGUUAAGGAGAAGCUGCUAACGAGGAGGUGCCCGGCCACCCCGCUCCUGGAGGUGACCGUCUCGGACACAGAGCCCAGCCGGCAGCGGGACGUGCUGAAGGCGCUGGGGGUUCUGGUGCGGGAUUUCUACGCCAAAUACUGGAUCUGCGUCUGCGCCGGUAUGUUCAUCGUGGUGAGCUUCGCCGGGCGCCUCGUUGUCUACAAGAUCGUCUACAUGUUCCUCUUCCUCCUCUGCCUCACCCUCUUCCAGGUGUACUACAGCCUGUGGCGCAAGGUGCUGAAGGGCUUCUGGUGGCUGGUGGUGGCGUACACCAUGCUGGUGCUCAUCGCCGUCUACACCUUCCAGUUCGAGGACUUCCCCAUGUACUGGAGGAACCUGACGGGCCUCACCGAUGAGCAGCUGGGCGACCUGGGCCUGGAGCAGUUCAGCGUCUCCGAGCUCUUCUCCAGCACCCUCAUCCCGGGCUUCUUCCUCCUGGCCUGCAUCCUCCAGCUCCAUUACUUCCACCGUCCGUUCAUGCACAUCACUGACCUGGAGCACAUCCCCGCUGCCACCCCAGUGGCUGCGGGGGUGUCCGUGACAGUCCGUGUCCCCGCAGUGCCCACCAAAUGGGGGCUGGUGCUGGAGCGCCUGAUAGUGCUGGGCUGGACCUUCUCGGACAUGCUGACCCGCGGGCAGGUCUUCGUGGGGCGCCUGCUGGAGCUCCACAUCCUCAAGCUGGUGGCUCUCUACACCGUCUGGGUGGCCCUGCAGGAGGUAUCGCUGAUGAACUUCUUGCUGGUGCUGCUGUGGGCCUUCGCCAUGCCCUACUGCCGCUUCCGCCACAUGGCCUCCUGCCUCUCCACCGUCUGGACCUGCAUCAUCAUCGUCUGCAAGAUGCUCUACCAGCUCAAGAUCGUCGACCCCCGCGAGUACUCCAGCAACUGCACCCAGCCCCAGCUCAAUGGCACCAAUCUGAGCCCAGAGGAACUGGGCAACUCCACCCUGUACCGUGGCCCCGUGGACCCCGCCAACUGGUUCGGCAUCCGCAAGGGCUACCCCAACCUGGGCUACAUCCAGAACCACCUCCUGGUGCUGCUGCUGCUGGUGUUCGAGGCGGGGGACAGGGCUGAUGCGGGGACUUGGGACCAUGCUGGUUUGGCUGGGGUGUGGGGUAGCACCUCGCUGCACACCAGACCCUGGUGGUGCCAAGCGUGGGUGCUGGGAGGGGAUGGGGACCCUGCUCUGAGCGGCCCAUCCCACAGGUCGUACCUGGACAUGGCGAAGGUGGUGGUCUUCCGCUACCUCUUCUGGUUCGUCCUGGUGGUGGUCUUCAUCACUGGGGCCACCCGCAUCAGCCUCUUCGGCCUCGGCUACCUGCUGGCCUGCUUCUACCUCCUCCUCUUUGGCACCGCACUCCUGCGAAAGCCGGCGCGGGCACGCCUCGUGCUCUGGGACUGCCUCAUCCUCUACAACAUCACCGUCAUCAUCUCCAAAAACAUGCUGUCGCUCCUCUCCUGCGUCUUCGUGCAGCAGAUGCAGAGCAACUUCUGCUGGGUGAUCCAGCUCUUCAGCCUGGUCUGCACCGUCAAGGGCUACUACGACCCCAAGGAGAUGGGCAAGGACCAGGACUGCUCGCUGCCCGUGGAGGAGGCGGGCAUCAUCUGGGACAGCAUCUGCUUCUUCUUCCUCCUGCUCCAGCGCCGCGUCUUCCUCAGCUACUACUUCUUGCAUGUCAUGCUGGACCUCCAGGCCUCUGCCCUGCAGGCCUCCAGGGGCGUGGCACUGUUCAAGGCCAGCAUCCUGAAGAGCAUGCGCUCCCACCGGCAAGCCGAGAAGAAGUCGCUGGCCCAGCUGAAGCGGCAGUGAGUGGCAUUGCGGUGAACUGCCCUCCCUGCCCCUUUGGCUCGCCCCCACGCCAGGGGUGGGUGCACUGAGCGUGGCCGUGCUGUUCCACAGCGCCCGGCAGCCCGGCGGUCCCGGCAGAGGGAGCGGUGGUGGCGGCCAUGGUUAGACCACGCCGCAGUGCUGCAUUCGGGGGAAUACUUCCUUUUUGAGUCGGACAGCGAGGAAGAGGAGGAGGCGGCGGCGUUGGAGGAGCCGCGUCCGGGCAGGCAGAGCGCCUCCCAGCUCGCCUACCAGGCCUGGGUGACCAACACCAGGACAGCGCUGCGGCAGCAGCAGCAGGAGCAGGAGCAGGAGCAGGAGGAGCCACCCGCUGCCGAAGUCGCUGCAGGGGACAGCGGAAGGAGGGAGGAGGAAUUGGAGGCGCCCGAAGAGGCCGAAGGCCAGGAGGAAGAGGAAGAGGAGGAGGAAGGCUCCGGUAGGCAGCUGUACUUCCCCGAGCUGGAAGAGUCGGAGCAGUUUUAUCGGUCCCACAACCGGUUCCUGAAGCUGCUGCUGGCCGGGUACCGCUGCGUGGCCGCCCACUCCGAGCUGCUCUGCUACUUCAUCAUCAUCCUCAACAACAUGGUGACCGCCUCCGUCAUCUCCCUCUUCCUGCCCAUCCUCGUCUUCCUCUGGGCCAUGCUCUCCAUCCCCCGGCCCAGCAAGCGCUUCUGGAUGACAGCCAUCAUCUUCACCGAGGUGAUGGUGGUGGUGAAAUACCUCUUCCAGUUUGGGUUCUUCCCCUGGAACGGCUAUGCCAUGCUGGUGCGCAAUGAGGGCAAGCCCUUCUUCCCACCCCGCAUCCUGGGCUUGGAGAAGACCGACCGCUACAUCAAGUACGACCUCAUCCAGCUCCUGGCGCUCUUCUUCCAUCGCUCCCUGCUGCUGUCCUACGGGCUGUGGGACCACGAGGAGGAACCCUUCCCCAAGAAGAAGGCGGAGGCGGAGCGGGUGGAGGAGGAGGAGGAGCAGAGGAACCGGGCGCCCCCGCCGCUGGCGGUGGGUGAGGAAGGGAUGGAGGUGCUGGCAGAGCCGGGGGCACCGGGCACAGCUGUGGGGCCGGAGCCGGAGGGUGAUGCCGUGGGGCAGGAAGAAGGGGCUGGGGCCACGCAGCUCCGCUUCAGGAGGAAGAGGCGGCGGGGGAAGAAGCAGCUGGAGGCGGCUCCGGAGGAAGAAGGGGGGGAGGAGGAGGAAGAGGAGGAGGAGGAGGAGGAGGAAGAGGCAAAACAGAGCCACGCUCAGAAGAAGCUGAAGGCGUUUGGGCUGCGGGUCAAACUCUUCUUCCUCACCAUGGCGCAGAACAUGUACCGGCCGGUGCGCGGGUUCUUCUGGGACAUCCUGCACACCCAGCACCGGGCGGCUACCGACGUCUAUGCCUUCAUGUUCCUGGCCGACGUGGUCGACUUCAUCAUCAUCAUCUUCGGCUUCUGGGCCUUCGGGAAACACUCGGCGGCCGCUGACAUCACCUCCUCGCUGUCGGAUGACCAAGUGCCGGAGGCCUUCCUGGUCAUGCUGCUCAUCCAGUUCACCACCAUGGUCAUCGACCGCGCGCUCUACCUCCGUAAGACCGUGCUGGGCAAGCUCAUCUUCCAGGUCAUCCUGGUCUUCAGCAUCCACCUCUGGAUGUUCUUCAUCCUGCCGGCUGUCACCGAAAGGUUGUUCAGCCUCAACACGGUGGCCCAGCUGUGGUACUUCGUGAAGUGCAUCUACUUCUCGCUGUCAGCCUACCAGAUCCGCUGCGGCUACCCAACCCGUAUCCUGGGCAACUUCCUCACCAAGAAAUACAACCAUCUCAACCUCUUCCUCUUCCAGGGGUUUCGCCUCGUGCCCUUCCUGGUGGAGCUGCGGGCCGUCAUGGACUGGGUCUGGACGGACACCACGCUGUCCCUCUCCAACUGGAUGUGCGUGGAGGACAUCUAUGCCAACAUCUUCAUCAUCAAGUGCAGCCGCGAGACAGAGAAGAAAUACCCCCAGCCCAAGGGGCAGAAGAAGAAGAAGAUCGUGAAGUACGGCAUGGGGGGCCUCAUCAUCCUCUUCCUCGUGGCCAUCAUCUGGUUCCCGCUCCUCUUCAUGUCGCUGGUGCGCUCCGUGGUGGGCGUUGUGAACCACCCCAUCGACGUCACCGUCACCCUCAAGCUGGGGGGGUACGAGCCGCUGUUCACCAUGAGCGCCCAGCAGCAAUCCAUCCAGCCCUUCACCCCCCAGGACUACGAAGCCCUCACCAACCAGUUUGAGAGGCAGCCGGUGGCCAUGCAGUUCAUCACGCUGUACGGCUACGAGGACAUCGUGACGGCCCGCAUCGAGGGCAGCUCGGGCUCGCUCUGGAGCAUCAGCCCCCCCAGCCGGGAGCAGAUGCGACGGGAGCUGCAGAACGGCCCCUCCGGCAACAUCCUCCCCAUGGUCAUCUUCAACGAUAAAGUCAGCCCCCCCAGCCUGGGCUUCUUGGCUGGCUACGGGAUCAUGGGGCUGUACGUCUCCAUCGUGCUGGUGAUCGGGAAGUUCGUGCGGGGUUUCUUCAGCGAGAUCUCGCACUCCAUCAUGUUCGAGGAGCUGCCCUGCGUGGACCGCAUCCUGAAGCUGUGCCAGGACAUCUUCCUGGUGCGGGAGACGGGCGAGCUGGAGCUGGAGGAGGAGCUCUACGCCAAGCUCAUCUUCCUCUACCGCUCCCCCGAGACCAUGAUCAAGUGGACGCGGGAGAAGGAGUAAGGGGAAGGGGUUCUGGGCCCCCCCCACCUCCGCUCCUGGGGACAUCACCACCA